UUUCUAUCUAUAUCACCUCACAUUAUUUCCCGUAUAGCGAGUGUUGUCGAAUAUUUAGUGUAUUCCCUACGCUGUUAAUCAACGUACGUCACCGAAACGUAGAAUUCACGAACGUUACACGGGGUUGCAGUCACGCUCGUGCUGACAUCACGUGUUGUCGUGUUAUGUAACCGUCUGCUGCUCACAAGAGCAUAACAAACCCCCUCGCGCCCGUCGUCCCGAUUCACGUGCAUUCAGCUGCGUCGUUUUAUGCAGCGGUUUCCCUCUUAGGUCCGCAAUGCUAUGAAUAUGCAACGACUCGGACUCGGGACGACAACAAACGUCCGUCCAUUGCAGUCAUUUCCCCUUUAUUACUGGCGUGAUGGAUGAGCUGGUGCACGACCUGGUGUCUGCGCUGGAGCAGACCUCUGAGCAGAACAACCUAGGCCACUUGUGGAAGGAGAUGGUUCUCAGCCCACUGCGCCGGCAACGCAGGCAGAUCCGCCGCCGCAGGGACCGCAAGCGCCGCUGCAACCCCUCCCUGCACCUCCUGCAGCUCCGACGCUGCCUGAGCGCGGCCUCCGAUUCCAGCCUGGACGAGGGCGCCAAGGACUGCAGGGGGAGCUCCACCCGAGCACCGUCCACCACCACCACCACCACCACCACCACCACGGCCUCCGUCUCCGCCGCCAACUACAGCGACUCUGACGACAUGGUGGUGACCCACCGCUGGCACUCCUUCACCAGGGACCCGGUGCGGUCCAGACAGCACUCCUGGCCGGAGUCGGACUCCUUCACGGAGAACACCCCGGGACGUCCGCUCCGGAGGCGUCGGAAGGUGAAGCGCAUGACCUCCGACGUGAUGUUCCGGCUGCAGCGGACGCUGAAGGUGUCGGGCGUGGAGGGAGAGGCGGCGUUCAGGCACAGGUCAUCGUCCAAGAAGAAGCAGCAGAGGCUCUCGGGGAUGAAGAAGGGGGGGGCGGCCGGCUGGAGCCGGGCGAACGUGAACCUCCAGGCGGAGGGAGUGGGUCUUCUGGCCUCCGAAUGCUGGAAGGAUAAGAUCAUCCUGGAGGCCCAGGAGCAGCGAGACGCGUCGGAUGAGAGCAUGUCUGAAGGCGAAACCAGCAGUAUAUGCAGCAGUGACCCUGGCCUGUUCACCAACGAUGAGGGGCGACAAGGUGACGACGAGCAGAGCGACUGGUUCUUCGAGGGCGACUGCGGCGCGGGGCCGAGUGUGGCGGGUCUGAUGCCCGGCUGGGACUCGGACAGCUCUCUGGGCCUGGAGGGCGAGCGGCCCCCGUCCAGGCGCACGUUCCUGCAGCCUGCACGGCCCUCCCAGCGAGGGAUCCAAGCUCGCCUCAACCAACUGCCAGGCGUUUCUGGCCGCUGCAUCAGGAAGGGCUGCAGGCGGAUCAUCACCAAGGGUAACAGCAUGCCAAUGUUUGUGGACAGAAUGAAGCACUUGUCUCACAAUCCUUAUCAGAGAGAUUUCCGGGCACUUUCCUAUGGAAACCGAGAGCGCAGCCAGUUAAACUCCCUGCGCUCGUUACCGGUGUACCCGAUCGAGAUGGGGCCAGGGAACUGUCACCAUGGAUGUUCCUCCUCAGUGUGCAGGAACAGAGUGGCUGUGCCGCUGCAGUGGCCCCAGAGCACUGCGGCAGUCAGUGUUAGCGGGAGUUGCCAAGGCGGGACGACUCUCCCCCACACAUUAAGACCAAAUGCAGCAGGGCAGACGAACGUGCACGUGGGACUGCUGUGCAGUAGGGACGUCAAGAGAAGGAGGAAGACCUCCAGCUUGUCCACCAGGAUGUCAGCGGACAUCCUGUUCCAUAGGGAGGAGCUAGGAGGAGAGGUGCAGGCAGCCAUCCCACCACCAGAGGCUGAGGUGGCUGUGGAGGGCCCGGGGAUGGGAGAGAGACCCGGGACCCCUGACCCACCGGACGUCCUCCCACCGCAGACCUCCUCUGACCCCCACGGGGAGCGGCUGGACAUCUGAAUAACUGGACGCUGAGAGGACCAGGGUAUACGACACAAAUAAUUUAAACUGGAAAAGGCACUGUUCCGACAUGUUCGAUUGGGAGAUAGAGGUGUGAAGCACCUUUUUUAAACAGACACCAAAAAAAAAAAAACUUUUAUUUUUAAAGACAUUAUUGCACCAUCUUCCCGGUCGUGACCAAUAGAUAGAUCCAAGUUGUUUUUAGAGUUUCGUGUUUGAAGUAGCAGAAAAUGUUAAUGCAAUCAAGGACCAGGUGAAGCCUUCCCUUCCCAUUGCGUCCCUGUCCUCGAGCCUAGGCGCCGGGCUGGCUUGGAGGGGCCUCCUGAUGACCCAGGCAGCCAGACACGGGGCUCCAAACUCCUACACACAGUCUGCAGGGCCCACCCGCUCCCACACAGACCCCCGCAUUUAUGUCCUCUUUAGUAGGAGCCUGCGUUUAUCAGUGGGGCCACUGGGGGGGUGGAGGCUGGUGUAGGAUGGCAGGGGUGUGUGUGUGUGUUGCUCUGCUCUACUUUACAUCAGCCAGUGAGCGGGACCAACGGGGGCUGUGUGUGUAGCUACUUUAGCUCAGAGGUAGAAGAAUCAUCAAAAAUGUUCCAGCGGUACCUCACGCUGCUGGGGGGGUUUUCGGGGGGAGCAGGGGGAGGCGGGGGAGGUGAAGCGAGGCUGCCACCGGUGGCGCCACACAAAGUACAGCCCUCCUAUUAGCAUGGAUUUGAAAAAGCGACGCCGGCUACAAAGCACUCAUUAGCACAACACAGAGUGUGUGCCCGCCGCCCUCCCAGGGCCAGCCUCUUGUUCUCUCCGCUUACCUUCCAUAUUCAAAUGACGCACCUCCCGGCGUAUUUACAUUCACGGCUGACGGGGAGCGCCUUUGAACAGUCUGUUUUUUUUAAAAGCCUUGUUAAAUCUGAUGUUUUUUUUAGUGACAAAGCUGAGAGAGACAUAGUGAGUCGGAAGCCGUGGUGGUACAGUCAGACACACGGCGUUCCCUUCGACUCCGGGGGUGAACGCAGCACCUGAUAACUAGUGGAUGAUUGUCGCCUGGGUGGUGAGAUGUAAAAAGGUCUGUCCUGGUUCCUUAUGACCCAUUGUAGUUGACCAGGGACUUGCCAUAGUAGAACAGUACAACACAUUGUGCACAUUGCAACGCUGCAUGUUCUGAUCAACUCUGAUUCCUCUGUGUUGUGCCGGUGAUGACGCAUUACAAUCCAUUACGCAUCGCAUCUGUUUUAAACGCCCGAUUUAAAUGCGUGUCUGACAUCCGUCAGCCAGUAUCAGAUGUGUAGAUUGCCGUGAGUUAUUGUUCUGCGACCGUCCUUCUGCGGCAGCUUUAUGUGAUCCUGUUACCGCAGAAUGACAUUUAUAAAUGCUGUGUGUGCACACUCCCCCAAACGGACGGCUCUCACAGAACAUCCUGCCACGGGAGUCGGCCCCGGCUAGGGACCCCACCCUCUGGCUGCCAAGUCCCAAGGGAAGCGAGGGUUCUAGGGUCCCAGGGACCCAUGGGGCCAGGGGCCACCGCUCUCUAUGUAGCACCGAGGCAGACAUCCUGAGGGCCACCGCAAUCGAGAGUAGUAGCACUUAACGCUUGUCAUCGGAAAAUAUGAUUUUCUACACGUGUAUGAAGUUGCUAUCCUGUAUCUGCUCCGACUAAAGAAGGGUUGGCCGGUGGGGGUCGCUGAUCUCUCGCCUCCGCCUGAUCCGUCACUCCGGGUUUCAGGGCCAGGUCAUUGACGGGGAGGAAGUCGGACCGCUUCAGAUUGAGUUUUGUCAGUCGGUGGUAAUUAGCAGUCACCCUGACGGCUCCUCAGCCACAACCAAACGCCCGACCCCAAACGAAUUUCCAACGGCUGAACGGCGAAACGGGUUCCGCGUGCCGCUAGUCCAUCGCCCCCCCCCCCCCCCCCCCGUUACAGUUAAGGAAUCCGACGGGGGCCCGUAGCCCUCAUACUUCAUCCCAGGUAAAGAUUACCUGUCAGACCCAUGGGAGAUGUAUUGAUCUGUUUUCCUUUUUCAGCCAGCAAUCACCUGACAAAGGCAGCUAGGAGCCGAGUGAAUGAGUGAUGUCGCGGCCUGUCUCCUCACCCACUAGGCUGGGUGGGGGGCGGGGGGAGGGUGGGGGUGUGGCGGGGGUCUCCCAGUGUCCACAGAUGGGUUAAGGGGAAAGCGCAGCAAUGGAUAAUGUAGUCAUAAACUCUGUUUGAACCUACUCUCUAUGCAAGCAGGGUGGGCCCCCCCCCCCCUUUCCUCCGGGGGUCAGGGGGUCAUGCGGGAAUACGCAUUUUUGUGCAUUUUUUUUGUCUCUCUUUCUUGUCUGUCGAGUUUGUUCCGUGGUGUCGCAACUGAUGCUGGGGACGCAUGGAGAGGACAGUCUCUAUGGUUCCUGCUGACAGAUGAAUGUGAGUCGGAACGGUUCAACGCGGCGUUACAUUACAAUAGUGAUCUGGUGUGGUCCAAAUAAUGCUCUCUGUCCCUCUCCAUCUCUCCCUCUCUCUCUUUCUCUCUCUGCCUGUCGCUCUCUCUCUCUCUCUCUGUACAAACAAGCCAUGCAUGGUAUGUGGAUUUCUGUCCGUAUUUCAAUGAUUACAACUGUCGGUAUUUCAAUAAUUACAUUAAUGAAAAUAUGCAUAUAUACUCUAAUUUAUAUUUUUCUCUGGGCAGCUAUUGGUGUAGUAGUCAUGUUUUUGCCUUGUUCGAUGAUAUGUCAAGAUGCUGAAUUUGUCCAUGAAGCCAUGCAUUUUUAAUUAUCGCGCCACAGUAAAAGAAACCAUGCGCAUAGGAUUUAUGAUGUGCUGCAUAAUUAGAUCACCCAUUGAGCAAUUUAGAUUUGGGAACAUAAAAUUAAUCAAUUCAUCUCGGUGAUAGAUAUACGGCACCACAUAUAUCUCUCAAAGUUUUAACCGUCAUUUUUAAUUUCAUUAGAUGGAUUUAAAUCCAUCAGAACCCCCCCCCUCACCCCCCUGCAUAUCGGGGGUGCCUAGGCAGCUAUCCUGUUUGAUAUGUAGGAAAAAUAGCAUCUUAUCUCCUUGGCUGUUAUCUUAAUAUUUAAUAGUGGUGGAAUCAUGCCUAAUUGCUUUGCAAAUGAUUUAAAGAGGAUUAGUGCAGCCUUAGAAUGCGGGCGUGGUGUCACUAGAUGUGAGAUAGACAUUACAAUAGUGGGAAUUCGAUCAGACCUGCAGUGCAGGGCUUAAGCAGCUGUUUUCCAUCAUGGACAGCCAAAGCCUCUGUGAACAUACUGGCUUUACCGGGAUGAAACCCGUGUUUUCUAAAGAGGCCGUGUAAACUCCUGGGAGCGCUCUGUUUCAAUGUGGGUAUUUUCUUUGUAGGAUCUCUUUUUUUUUUAAAGAUAUUUUUUCAUUUUAUACAUAUUUUAAUGUGAAAUGUGUACAUAUAUAUGUCAUGUCUACUUGCCUAUACAAUAGGUUCUGUGUUUAUAAUACCUUUGUGUGUCGUCAGUAUUGACAGAAAGCCUACGGUAUGCCUUUUGACAUCCUCCUUAUUCUAAAUAAGGAUUCUCUUAAACUCAAUAUAUAUAUAUAUAUCAACUUCAGUGUUCUUGUAUUCUGUGACAAAAAAUAAUCCUUACAUUUACAAGUAAAAUCCUGUAAUUUGGGGAAUUCCCUUCAC